UUUAUUGCACUUCCUGACAGCGGCGUCUGUUUCGAAGUGUUUUAGGUGCUUGAAACAUUUUCCGAGAAUCGGUGCGAAGUUGAGUUUUCUUUAAUACAAAAAUGCGUGAAAUUGUUCAUGUUCAAGCUGGCCAAUGUGGUAACCAGAUAGGAGCCAAGUUCUGGGAAGUUAUUUCGGAUGAACAUGGAAUUGAUCCAACCGGUUCAUACCACGGUGAUUCAGACUUACAGUUGGAAAGAAUAAAUGUAUAUUACAAUGAAGCAUCAGGCGGAAAAUACGUGCCGAGAGCAAUUCUUCUGGAUCUGGAGCCUGGCACAAUGGACUCUGUCAGAUCUGGUCCCUUUGGACAGCUUUUCAGGCCAGAUAAUUUUAUCUUUGGUCAAAGUGGGGCUGGAAAUAAUUGGGCUAAAGGUCAUUACACAGAAGGAGCUGAACUCGUAGACACUGUGCUGGACGUUGUGCGAAAAGAAGCUGAAAGCUGUGAUUGUUUACAAGGAUUCCAGUUAGCUCAUUCAUUAGGAGGUGGUACUGGAUCUGGUAUGGGUACACUGCUGAUUUCUAAAAUUCGAGAAGAAUAUCCUGACAGAAUAAUGAACACAUUCAGCGUCAUGCCCUCUCCUAAGGUCUCUGAUACUGUUGUAGAGCCAUACAAUGCAACUCUCUCAGUUCAUCAGUUGGUAGAAAAUACUGAUGAAACAUACUGCAUUGAUAAUGAGGCACUGUACGACAUUUGCUUCCGUACACUUAAACUCACUACUCCAACAUACGGAGAUCUUAACCAUCUUGUAUCUGUUACAAUGUCAGGAGUAACAACCUGUUUGAGGUUUCCUGGUCAGCUGAAUGCUGAUCUCCGUAAGCUUGCUGUCAACAUGGUACCUUUCCCUCGACUUCAUUUCUUUAUGCCUGGUUUUGCUCCACUAACCUCUCGAGGUAGCCAACAAUACAGAGCUCUCUCUGUCCCAGAACUCACUCAGCAGAUGUUUGAUGCUAAAAAUAUGAUGGCUGCUUGUGAUCCAAGGCAUGGAAGGUACUUGACUGUUGCUACCAUUUUCAGAGGCCGAAUGAGUAUGAAAGAAGUAGAUGAACAGAUGCUCAAUGUUCAAAACAAAAACAGCAGUUACUUCGUAGAAUGGAUUCCAAACAAUGUAAAAACUGCAGUAUGUGAUAUUCCUCCUCGAGGACUGAAAAUGUCAGCAACUUUCAUUGGAAACAGUACUGCAAUUCAGGAAUUGUUUAAGAGGAUAUCUGAACAAUUUACUGCCAUGUUCCGUCGAAAAGCUUUCUUGCAUUGGUACACAGGAGAAGGCAUGGAUGAAAUGGAGUUUACAGAGGCAGAAUCAAACAUGAAUGAUCUCAUCUCAGAAUAUCAGCAAUAUCAAGAAGCUACUGCUGAUGAUGAAGGAGAUUUUGAAGAUGAAGAACAGCCUGUUGCUGAUUAAACAGCUUUUUCUAAAGAUCUCUAAACAUGUAUUUAACAAAGCAGUUUUCUUCCAAAGAUUUAAAUAAGUUUAUCUGCAUUUGUUACUUAACAAAAACAAGGUUCUUUCUGAAUCUGCCUUUUUUAUUAACAGUAUUAUGUUACAAUAAAUUUGCUUUUUCAAAAAA